AUGGGUGUCACGGGCCUUUGGACGGUUGUGCAGCCUUGCGCCCGACCUAUCAAACUCGAAACUCUUAAUAAAAAACGGUUGGCCGUCGACGCGUCGAUCUGGAUCUAUCAAUUCCUGAAAGCAGUGCGUGACAAGGAGGGAAAUGCACUGAGGAACUCUCACAUUGUGGGGUUCUUUCGUCGGAUAUGCAAGCUUCUAUAUGUCGGCAUUCAGCCCGUCUUCGUCUUCGAUGGCGGCGCUCCAAUACUCAAAAGGGAGACCAUCAACAAGCGGAAAAGAAGACGUGAGGGGCGGAGGGAGGAUGCAUCUCGGACGGCUGGAAAGCUACUCGCAGUUCAAAUGCAAAGAAUCGCUGAAGAGGAAGCUGAGGCACGAAGACAAAGCAAAAAGCGUAUCCGUGCAGACGAGGAUGAAGAAAUUGGUGCUCCGGUAUAUGCAGAAGAAGCCCUUUUGACCGACAAAGAAAGACAGCAGAAUCGGAAAUUCAAGAGGAAGGAUGCCUAUCACCUCCCGAAUCUGGAUGUCUCGCUGGAGGAGAUGGGCGCACCAAAUGACCCUCGAAUCAUGUCACAGGAAGAGCUGGAAGAAUAUGCAAGACAUUUUCACCAAGGGCAAGAUAUCAAUCUCUAUGACUUUUCCAAAAUCGACUUCGACAGCGCUUUCUUUCUCAGCCUGCCGGCCACAGACCGCUACAAUAUCCUGAAUGCGGCUCGACUCCGGAGCAGACUGAGGAUGGGUUAUUCCAAAGAACAGCUGGACGUCAUGUUCCCAAAUCGCAUGGACUUCUCUAGAUUUCAAAUCGAGCGAGUGACAGAACGCAAUGACCUGACGCAACGACUUAUGAAUAUCAACGGCAUGAAUGGGGAGGAGGCAUAUUACAAAUCUGGGCAGCGUAUCGCGGGCGAACGUGGGAGGGAAUAUGUCCUCGUUAAGGAUAGCCAGCAUGAAGGAGGCUGGGUCCUUGGUGUGGUGGGGAACAAGGACGAGGGGUACGAAGACAAACCAAUUGAUGUGGAUCAAAUUGGAUUGCCAGAUAUAUUGUCUGGGUCUGAUGAAUCGGAUGAGGAGUUUGAAGAUGUACCAAUCGAGGGUCUUAACCGUCUGCCAAAGCUACCAUUUCUUCAAGAAGGUGUAUUUGAUUCGUCACUACAACACUCAGGAGAAAGCACCGACAUGAGAAGAGCCUCACAAGAAUCUCGAAGACAAGAGGCUGAAGAUGACUCUCUUUUCGUACCCAGCGAGGGGCCUCUUUUUCAACAUAAUCAGAAUAACGUUGACAGUUACUUUGAUGAUGACGAAGAGGACGAGCUUCAUAAAGCCAUAUCUCUGUCUUUACAGACAAAUGAAGAACAUGAUGAUGAAAUGCCUGAUAUUCCAAUCAAUCGACCAAGGGACACGAUGCCGCACGCUAAUGCCAUGCCGGAUCCAAUGCUCAGCGAAAGCGAUGAUGAUGGCAUGGAUUUUGCAGCUGCAGUCGCACAGACAAAAGUUUCUACAAAAAAGUCUCGGCCACAAAACCCAUUCGAUGGGCCUCUUCCUUUCGAGUCAAUAAAACUCAACAAAGCACCCAAAGAUAAUCCAUCCACCGAAAUUGACGAGAACGCGGGAGGAUUUGUGAAAGAGUCAUCCCAGAAGCACAAGGCAGAACCUUUACCACCAUGGUUCACAGGGGCGAAAUUAAACGAGGAAUUCAUUGCAGAUCCAACGUUUGAUGAAUCCAGAGAUCGGAAGGACUCAGAAGAGCCCGAUCAUCUAUUUCUCUCUAACCGCCGCCCAACGGAGGUCAUUGAUGUCGAUGAGAUGCCCGACAACAAAGAAGUAGUUGAACUGGAUGAAGUUGCACAAGCUGAACCCAACACGGGUUCAAAUAUGCCUGAGCAGAAUCGUACCCCAACCACUAACGAGGUUUUGAAUGAAGAGGCUUUCGAUGUCGAUGUGGGAAUAAAUGAAGAGCCGAUCUUCGAUGAUAAGAAAGGAAACAGCUCCACAAAAGAACCUCUCGCUCGGCCAUCCGUUGAAGUUGAAUUUGAAGACGGGGUUUCUUCAUCUCUAGAGCCUCCUGGCGUUGAGGUUCAAGCCGCAGCUUUGCCAUCACGCGAGGAUAAUUUCGAUCGCAAAGAGCAACGCUCACAGGUCGCACAGACUGAGGAUUCUCCCGAGCCGGAGUUUGAAGAUGUCUUGCCUGAACCCCCACAGGUCCCGGAAAUCGCUGUGGUCUCCCACACUACCACCCCUAACCAGCGCGCCGAGCCCCGGGAAGAGGCUACUAGUAUGGGACCAAUCAUGGAUGACGAUGGCGAAUUUAGCGACCCUGAGGAUGAAGAGCUCAUGUAUCAACUUGCCCAGGAAUCUGAAGAGCAUGCCCGGUUUGCUCAGACUUUGAACUCGGCCGCCCCUAUUCAAACGGCAUUUGACUACGAGCAAGAACUGAAGCAACUACGGAACCAGCAACAGAAAGACCGACGUGACGCAGACGAGGUUACCCAAAUUAUGAUCAACGAGUGUCAGCAGUUACUAAAGCUCUUUGGAUUGCCCUAUAUCACAGCACCCAUGGAGGCCGAAGCGCAGUGCGCUGAGCUAGUGUCAUUGGGACUUGUGGAUGGCAUCGUUACUGACGAUAGCGAUACGUUCCUUUUCGGUGGAACCCGAGUGUACAAGAAUAUGUUCAAUCAAAGCAAAUAUGUUGAAUGCUACUUGACCUCCGACUUUGAAAAGGAAUACUCCCUUCAUCGCAAAAAGCUUAUCAGCUUCGCCCAUCUUCUGGGAAGCGAUUAUACCGAGGGUAUUCCUGGUAUCGGACCCGUGACGGCACUCGAACUGAUAACUGAGUUCUCAAGCUUGGAAGAAUUUCGUGACUGGUGGACACAAAUUCAGAUGGGCGUUAACGACCCAGAUGACAAACAUCUCGCCUUCCGCAAGAAAUUCCGCAAGAAGGCGUCGAAGAUCUUUUUACCUCCCUCAUUCCCUGAUGAGCGGGUAGAGGCGGCCUAUCUCGAGCCAGAGGUUGAUUCUGAUCCCUCGCAAUUCCAGUGGGGUGUGCCAGAUUUGAACGGCCUGAGAGGAUUUCUCAUGUCGACGAUUGGGUGGAGUCCGGAGCGAACAGACGAGGUACUGGUGCCUGUGAUUCGAGAUAUGAAUCGCAGGGAAGAGGAAGGUACCCAGUCUAACAUUACACAGUUCAUGCAAGGCCCCCAAGGUGCCGGCGCAUUUGCGCCUCGGGUCCGUAGUGGCGGCGUGAGUCGCAUGGAAAAAGCCUUUGGCCGCCUUCAACGGCAAGCUCAGAUAGCCCAGGGUUCACCUAGUGGGCCAGUGGAGAAUGGGACCGACCCCACAUCUGCGUCUACAUCCACAUCCGCAGGGAAGAGUAUAUCGAACAAAACGGGUAGCGGCACGACCAAGAAACGGAAAACCCGCGCCACCCCCAACGUGUCAUAA